GACUUUUCAUACGUCAUUAAAGCUUGCCAAAACACCAGCACAUUUGAUAAAUUACUGUUUAACCAUCUUUCUGAACGAGUGAGUGUAUCUAACGGCAAUCAACAUGUCUCUACUAAGCGUCUGCGCUUCUGCAUCGAAACGUCUUGUGACCCAAGGGUUAUUCGUGGAAUCUGCUUUUACAGGAUACUUGCGGACAGCCAGUGGAGCAGUGAAGGACAAGGAGCCACUGCGCAAGGCCAAAACCCCCCAGGGCCGCUUCGACAUGAAUGAUGAGAAGACCAAGGAUCCCCUUGAAAAGUUCCCUGAUGAUGUGAACCCAGCCACAAAGGAGCAGGGGGGGCCCCGGGGCCCAGAGCCCACGCGCUACGGGGACUGGGAGAGGAAGGGCCGCUGUGUCGACUUCUAGUUUCCAUACCUGGUAUAUUACACAUGCGAUGUGGACAUACCUUAGCUAUAAAUGAUGUAUCUAUAUCUAUGGACUGUCGUGCAAGAGACUAGGAAUGGUCCACCAUACGGAAUCAGACUUAAUUAUUUCCCCCUGUGAACGACACAAUUUGAUGACUGUUCAACAGACUCCAUGUGUAUGAAUUUGAAAAACAGUAUCUCUUUAUAUUGUGUUCCUUUGUUGAAAUGUAUGAUGAUGACGUUGUGAAUGCUUGUCAUGGUUAUUGCUUCCUGUACAGAAAUGAGAAUUUUGUGAAUAAAAUAAAACAUUUCUGGAAAAUAC